AUUUAUCGUCUGCUGAAUUUAUACGCUGCUUUUUAUGAGAGGUGUUAGCGAACUACUGACACCAGACUCCACGUCCUUCACCAUCUGCGUCUCUCAAAUCUUGUUGAAUUCGAGAAAGGAUCACAAAUAAUGGCGGAGAAAAAAGAUUCCAUUGGAAUAAAUGCAAUUCUUCUGGGCCCACCUGGCUCUGGCAAGGGGACUCAGGCCCCUCGCCUUAAAGAAAAAUACUGUGUUUGCCAUUUGGCCACUGGUGACAUGUUACGUGCAGAAGUAGCUUCUGGUUCAGAACUAGGCAAGACAUUAAAACAGAAAAUGGAUGAAGGACUCCUUGUUAGUGAUGAGCUGGUUGUGAAUCUCAUAGACUCAAACCUUUCGAAACCAGAGUGCAAAAAUGGUUUCCUUCUUGAUGGCUUUCCUCGCACUGUUGUCCAGGCAGAAAAGUUGGAUGGCCUUCUAGAAGAGCGGAAGAAGAAGCUGGAUUCUGUUAUUGAAUUUGGAAUUGACGACAAUCUGUUAGUCCGCCGGAUCUGUGGGCGAAUGAUCCAUCCAGCAAGUGGUCGUAGUUACCACGAAGAAUUUCAUCCACCCAAGGAAAACAUGAUAGAUGAUGUUACCGGGGAACCGUUGAUUCGUCGGUCAGACGAUAACGCAGAUACACUGACGAAACGCCUGGUGUCAUAUCACCAACAGACGUCUCCGUUGGUGGAUUAUUACUCGAAAAAGGGAAUCCACACGAGAGUUGAUGCUUCGCUAUCUUCUAACCAAGUCUUUACCAACAUUGAGAAAAUCUUCGCUGAUGCCAAGUCUAAAGACAAGGUCAUGUUCGUCUAGAACCAAAGCCUAAUCUCUACCCAGGUGAAACGUCUUGCAGUUAAAAUUGACUAUUGAAAAACUGAGUGCACCUAUAGAAGUAGAGUGUAAUAAAUUUUUGAGUUUGGGAAGACUAAUCUAAAGAAAUACUACGCUUACCUGUAAUUAUUGA